AUGGAGAAGAAGGAGGAGCCCAUGCCCGUGUUUGAGCAAGAGUGCUCGUACGAUGAGGAAAAUGCGCUCCUCAUCUGCAACAUCAAGCCCAUUCUUUUCAACUGUCGCGAUCUUGCCACCGCCUCAACCUCGAAACGGCUGCAGGCAGGGCUCGUAUGGCGCAGUGCUGCCACAUGCCGCGGCUUUCCCGACGUCACCAAGGACGACGUGCACAAGAUCCUCACGUGGUGGAUCAAGGGCGCACGCAUUCGUACGAUCGUCGACCUGCGCUCGCGAGGCGAGAAGAGAGCCGAUCCGUUCGAUAUGCUGGUGGAGCGCGCCUUCCCCACAGUACAGGACAGCCGGAUCAUUGGCACUGCACGGCGAAAGCGAUUCACUUGUAACCUUAUGAACACCCGCAUGAUGCUGGAGGGCUUCCUUCUACCGUCUCCCAGCGAUGUGAAGCCGGGUCCCACCUCGACGGGACGAAAGCACGCCGCGAUGACCACCUUCGUGCAGGAGGUGAUGAACCCCGGCGGGCUCACGCGCUACUCCAUCCUGCUGCUCAUCUUCUCCCAACCCACCCUUCUCAAGAUCAUGCGAAUCUGCAGCGACCCGCGCAACCAUCCGGUGCUGUUCCACUGUUCGUCGGGCAAGGAUCGCACGGGCCUGAUAGCGGCCCUCAUCCUCGCCACCUGCGGUCUGAGCGACGAGGAGAUCUUCGACGACUACGAGAAGUCGCAGACCUACCUCGCCCCCUGCAUGCACCUCAUCCAGAUCGAAGACCGGAGCAAGGGACUGGACCCCGAGUUCGAUGGCACCCCGCGCUACGUGAUCAAGCGCACCUUCAAGUGGAUUCGCAAGCUGUGGGGCACCAUCGACCGAUACCUCAACUACAUCGGCUUCACCUACGUUGAACAGAAAAGGCUGAGCCAGGUGAUGUUGCACGGCAACAAGGAGCUCGAGACCUUCAAGCGGGAGGAGCAGCUCCUGCUGCACAACUUCCAGAGCCCGCGCCAGCAGCAGCAGCGCCACCCGCUGCGACCCGGUCUCCACACCCGCUCCCAGUCGCUGCCCAAGAUCGACUUUGACCACCACCGCCUCGCCGCCACGUCGGCUGACGAGCGGGAGAGCAGCGACGAGAGCGCCCACGGCCAUCGUCGUCGCACCGCGAUACCGCGACGGACCACCACCGCCACCGCCCACGCGCGACCGACCCUGCACACCCUCGCUGCUGCCGGGUCGACGCGGUCGGACGACGACGAGGGCGAGGGCCUCACAGGCGACAUUCUGCCGCCGAUCGGCGACCUGUCGGAGCUCUUGGGCGAAGAAGGCCGGCGGCAGAUCGCCGAGCUCCUCGCCGCGGAGCUGCGCGAGGAGGAAAAAGAGAAAGAGAAAGAGAAAGAGGCCAAGCCGGCGACGAGUUCGGCGUCGACAGCGCCGGCGCCGGUCGAUGGUGGUGGUGGUGGGCUGCUGCCGACCACCGAUCACCAGAUGGAGCGCGAGCGGCAGGAGCAGGAGCAGCGGCUGAUGGACCUCAAGGCGCGAUUCCACCUGGCCUCGCCAGCGCCCCUCACCCGCAACAACGCCAACACCACGCCCGAGGAGGACGCCACCGAUGGUGGUGGUGGCUCGGCGGCCACAGACACGGCCACGGCCACGACGACCACAACAACGACAUCAACGGCGCUCGCGACCCACUUCCCGCUGCCCUCGUCUUCGCUCUUCGAGGGUGACAGCAGCAGCAGCGAGGAGGUCUUGCCCGACAUGUCGCUGUCGUCGUCGGCAUCGCACGACAUCGCGGACAUGGUGAUGCUGCGCCGCGCGUCGCUCGCGCUGCCCGUCGCCCUCGCUGACGGCCACGCCCGAGAGCACGCCGCCCACCUCACUGCCGGCCUCGCUGGGGCCGUCGCCGCUCACCUCGCCAUCGACCAUGCGCCUCUCCUCGUCCUUCUCGUCUCUUCCCCUGUCACGAGGUGGGAUGUGUAG